GAAUUGGAGUCUGUUCACUUGAUAUUUCACAGAUCGAUUCGUGUUUUUAUCAUUUCCACACUUCGACACGUUUGGGUCGUCUCAUCAUCGAAAAUGCAUUAUUCAACAUAUUUUCUCAUCUUUCUUGUGCUUAUAUCAAUGCUCUCACAAGCGAUAUGCACAGAGUUAGCCUCAAAAGAAGAAGAACAAGGAAUAAAUAAAUUUAACGAAGGCAUUUCAAGUUUUUCACGAGAAUUUUAUCAGCAAAGCGCUGCAACAACUUCUGGGAAUAUCAUCAUUUCGCCAUUUUCAGUGGCAAUGGCACUGUCGCUUUUGUCGCAAGCAACCAAUGGAACUACUUUUGAUGAACUACGGGCCGGAUUACAUUUGAAUAUGGACAAAGUCGCGAUCGCUGAUCAAUUCCAUCAAUAUUAUAGAUUAGUAGAAAAAAGCGCUGGCCAAUCCAAGCUUAUUGUUGCUAAUCAAAUAUUUGUGCAGCAAGGAAUUCCGUUGAAUACGGAUUUUCAAGAAGUGGCUACCAAACAAUUCUUCUCGGGUGUUGAGCCCGUGGAUUUCGUAAGAAAUAUUGACACCGCUAAGACGAUCAACGAUUAUGUGAAACAAAAAACCAUCGAAAAAAUACAGGAAUUUGUUACACCAGAAAUGUUCGACGAAAGCACUCGUCUUUUUUCGGUGAAUACGAUUUAUUUGAAGAGCAAAUGGGCCAAACCAUUUAACAAAGGGGAAACAUUCAAAGGUGAUUUUUAUAUUAAUGAAAACGAAAAAGUUAUUGUGGAUUUCAUGUUUACUAAGUGCAAGUGUCCGAUGGCGAUACUUGAUGAUUUGGAUUCGACUGCGCUGAGUUUGCCCUAUGCCAAUUCGAGUUUAUCAUUUGUAAUUGUUCUGCCGAAUAACCGGACUGGAUUGCAAGCGCUAGAAUCGCAAUUAGCCAAUUAUGAUUUAUCACGUAUAAAUUAUUCUGUUAGUAAAUACGGUCCGUUUGUUAUAAUUCCAAAGUUCAAGAUUGAAUCUAAAUUCAACCUAAAUGAAAUUCUGAAAAAAAUGGGCAUGCGUUCGAUGUUUGGACGGAAUGCUGAUUUAGGUGGUCUAUUUAAUCCACCUUUUGGGAAAAAUCUUUAUGUAGCAGAUGUGCUCCAUAAAGCCAUCAUCGAAAUCAAUGAAAUGUCUACGGAAGUGGCCGCAGCCACAGGAGUACGCAGUAUUCUUACAAGUUCAGCCAUUCGAUAUUUCAGUGCCGCUCAUCCGUUUGUGUAUUUUAUUUGGGAUAAUGAAACCAAAACUUCGCUUUUCAGCGGUCGAGUCACAAAUUUACCUCCUUCAACAUGAACAAGCAAUUGCUUUAAAGCUCUCUAAAUUUUAGACGGUUGAGCAAUUUUUUUUUAUCGCACAUAGUUUCUGAUACAUUCAAUUUUUAAAAAUGGAUUUUUGCUCUGUUUUUGUGUGUCUUUAGUAAUAUAGAUUCAAUCUAGAUUUGGUGAAGUCUCAUAAGAGAAUCAAUAUGUUAGAAGUAUAAAUCAAUCAAAAAUGAUCUAAUAUUCAAUGUUGAUUGUAAUAAUAGAUCUGGUGUUGAACGCGAUAUUGCCAGUGAUGCUGAAUCUGAUGACUGUACAGUGUACAAUGUACAUUUUCAUCCAGCUCUGUGAUUUUUUCAAAACAAAAUGUGGUUUCGAAAUUCAUUGGUUGUUAUUUUGGCUUCAAUGCUAACAACAAUGCUUGUAAAUGGAGCAAAUAUUCUUUAUUUGAGUGCUGUUACUUCACCAUCAUAUCACAUUUGGUACAGAUAUAAAAUUAUUUCGAAUUUGAGAUUGGUUUCGGAACUCUCAGAAAAGUUAGCGGAAAAAAUGUUCAAAUUUAUCGACACUCGGGUGGACUUAUCGGUCUUUCUAGUAAAAAAUAAUUCCGAUAAAUCGGAUGGAUUGUUCCGAAUCGGCUAUAAUAGUUCCGCUAAUUUUUCUGAGAGAAUUCUGCUUAAUACAUCCAAUAGGAAUAGUGCGCUAAUAAAUGGAUUGGCUGGUCGUGGGCAUAAUGUGACCGUAUUAUCGCCAGAUGGAGACAAAAAUCCCCCAGAAGGAGUGUAUUAUAUUGUUUUAGAAGGCCUUUAUAACGAAGAAUAUCAUAAGAUUGUAAAUGCAAUGCUUAACGCGAAACACGAGGUGAAUCAGCUAACAGCACCGUAUAAUUUUUAAGAAUUUUGUAUUCAAUUUGCAAACAUAUUAUCGGUAUUGCUUCUAUUGUCUUAUUUAUAAUUUUGGUGUUGAUUAUUAAAACCAGUUUGUUAAUACUGCACAAACUGACGGCAGUUAUGCAAACAACUGAAUAUAAACAUAAAAAGAUUAAACACAUUAAAUGAAAUAAUUAUUA